GCGGGGGUCCGAGCGGAAGUGCAAGCCGUUCUCCCCCGGCUUCCUCUGUUGUCGCGACGAACGAUCGAAAGUUGGCCGCUUUGGACCGCGGAUCAACUGCGCGUCGCCUAUCCGGCUCUUGGAUUUUUCUAGCCGAACUCCCGAGCGCAAUUUGAGCGGCAACCAGCGAAGAAGAACAAGGCGUUUGACGCGGCGCCAAAAAUGGCCAACAGGACGGUGAAAGACGCCAACAGCAUCCACGGGACCAACCCGCAGUACUUGGUCGAGAAGAUUAUCCGAACCCGCAUUUACGAGUGCAAGUACUGGAAAGAGGAAUGCUUUGGGCUGACCGCCGAGCUGGUGGUCGACAAGGCCAUGGAGCUCAAGUACGUGGGCGGCGUGUUCGGGGGCAACAUCAAGCCCACGCCGUUCCUGUGUCUCGUGCUCAAGCUGCUGCAGAUCCAGCCCGAGAAGGACAUCAUCGUCGAGUUCAUCAAGAACGAGGACUUCAAGUACGUGCGCUUGCUCGGCGCCAUGUACAUGCGCCUCACCGGCACGACGGUCGACUGCUACAAGUACCUGGAGCCGCUUUACAACGAUUACAGGAAGAUCAAGACGCAGAACCGUAACGGCGAGUUUGAGCUGAUGCACGUGGACGAGUUCAUCCACGAGCUGCUUCACUCGGAGAGAAUGUGCGAUAUCAUCCUGCCGCGGCUGCAGAAGCGCCAGGUCCUGGAGGAGGCCGAGAUGCUGGAGCCGCGCGUCAGCGCCCUGGAGGAGGACCUGGACGAGGACCUGGACGAGGCCGAGAGCAGCGACGACGACGACGAGGAGGGCGGCGGCGGCGGGCGGCCCGACGGGGUCCCCGGUCCUGAGCCGCACCGGCGGGGGGCCCGCCGGUGCGACGACAGGCCGCGCCACUCGCCCUCCCCCCCCCGCCGCCGCCGCAGCAGCCGCUCGCCACGCCGCAGGAGCCGCUCGCCCAAGGCCCGCCGGAGCCCCGAUGCCCGCCGCGAGCGCCGGCGCGGCAGCAAAAGCCCGCGGCGCCACCGGGAGCGCAGGCGCCGCUCCAAGUCGCCGGCCGCCCACCGCAGGAGCCGCCGGCACCGCAGCCGCUCCAAGAGCCCCGACAAGAGCGGCAAGAAGAGUCGCAAGAAGAGUCGCCGGAGCGACCCGUAGCUCGGGGUGAGCCAAAGAUAGGGGCGACCCAAAAGUAAGGGUGACUGGCGCGUGACUGCUCCAAAUCAGCCAUGUCCUCCUUUUUGUGUUCUUUUUUUUUUUUGGGUACAUUCUGUCACCGGACCGACCGGUGCGUUUGAGAGCGUCCGAGUGAGCUUUUUGCUCAUUGCUGGUGCUGGUGCUGGUGCUGAUGUUCCUCCCCAAAAUGACGAGCCUUGGUUUGGAUGCCUUUGGUUGGCUGUGCUCUCCAUUCAAUGUGUCUUCCAAUGAGGGAAGGGGCUCGCCCCGCGCCACCGGCCGGCUCUUUGUUACUGUCACUUACCUGUUUUAGCCAUGCCUCCUCAUUUUGUCUGCUAUCCUGCGGAGUGGAACAAAAGCAGUGAGAAAGCAGUUGUAAAUUUGAAAGCAUGUGCCGACUUUGAAUAAAGGCGCUCAAAUCAAGA